UUUUAGCUUGGACGCUUGCUGGCUAGCUAGCUAACGUUAGCUAGCUUUCCAUCAGUGCUUACCGCUUAUUUAAUCGGACAUAAAACGAGAUUAUUUAUUAUUUAUCUUUCUGUUUCUUUAUUGUACUAUUGCUAAAAAAAAGUAUAUACUAAUCUUACCGAUAUAUUAAUGUCAUCCGAUAAACUCCUGUCCUGUGUAGUUUUCGAAAGCUAGCUUCACUUGCUAGCUAGCUAGCAAGCGAGCUAUCUUAAUUUCCGGUGUUUUUUUGUUGUUGUUUUAUUCGCUAACUAACUAACGUUAGCUUUACAACGAUUUUGGUAGCUAUUGCUAAUGUAGAUACCAAUCUCUUUUGUUGGAAGUACAAAAUAAAAUUACUCUGUUAACGUUAGUAGUUGAAGGUAAGUUCAAGCUUUGAACUAGCUAACUUUAGUCAACAUUAUUAUGACUAGUUCAUAUAUUUGGCAUUGUGAUACAACCAUUCUGAUUAAAAGCCAGGCAAGGAAGACAACAUGCCGGUACAUUCUCGAGAAAAGAAAGAAAGUAAUCAUGAGGAGAUGGAAGUCGACUAUCCCGAACAAGACGGGAGCAGUUCAGAUGAGGAUGACACUGAGAGCUCGUCCGUGUCAGAGGAUGGGGACAGCUCGGGUAAGAAUUGUUUUACCAACCCAGUUUGUUUGUAAGCUACAAGUGAUUUGCUACACAUGUUACAUAAAAGCAUCUAAUGUGUUUCAUUGAUUUUUUUGGACAUCAUACAUGCAUUGUAGAGAUGGAUGAUGAGGACUGUGAAAGGAGAAGGGUGGAGUGCCUUGAUGAAAUGACAAAUCUGGAGAAACAAUUUGGAGACCUGAAAGACCAGUAAGUCACUGAUUGCAUUUACUGAUUGGAUUUACCUUAUAAAUAUGUCUCAAUUCCAUCAGUGUGUCAAACAGAUUAAUGUAGCUAAGGUGCUGUUUUUGUUCAGGUUGUACAAGGAGAGGUUGAGUCAGGUGGAUGCCAAACUCAAGGAGGUGAUUGCAGGCAAGGCUUCGGAGUACCUGGACCCCCUGGCAAAUCUGCAGGAGAACAUGCAGAUCAGAACAAAGGUUGCUGGUAAGUCUGUUGCAAGCUAAUCUUUGGAUUACAUUAUUUAUAUAGCUUUAAACUGAUUUCACAAAUUGCUGUGGCAUUGAACACCUGAUUAAUAAAUUAAUGUUUCCUAAUUGUCAUCCAGAAGUUGACAAAGUAAAUCUGAUUGAAUGAACAGUAUGCUGGCAUGUCUCACUGUCAAAUUGUUUUCCUUCUCAGGGAUCUACCGGGAGCUCUGUAUAGAGUCUGUAAAAAACAAGUAUGACUGUGAAAUCCAAGCAGCUUUCCAGCACUGGGAGGUGAGCAUUGAUGUUGGGAAGUCCACAUUGAUGUUGGGAAGUCCACAUUUCAUAGCUCUACCCAUGUCCAUCUUCAAACCUCUGAUGUCGAAUUAAUUUAUUUGUAUACUGUCUUAAUUUAUGAUAAUUUGAAACCAUUGAUUUGUCUUUGUUUGUCGCAGAGUGAGAAGCUGCUAUUGUUUGAUACAGUGCAGAGUGAACUUGUGGAAAAGAUCAGGCGACUGGAGGAGGACAGGCACAGUAUAGAUAUAACCUCAGGUAUCAUCAAGUCAUUAAGCAUGCAUAACCCAGCUCUCAUAUGGCUAGUUCACCAGACAGUUGCAAGCCUAGUCCUGGACUUAAAAGCUAUUUAAUGGAGCAUGCCUUUUAGUCCAGGACUAGGCUUAGUCUGUGUCCAGGAAACUGUCCGAUAAUGCCAUGUCUUAAUAUUUCCUCUCCUCAUUGACCCUUCUUUUCUCACAGAGCUCUGGAAUGAUGAGCUGCAGUCAAGGAAGAACAAGAGGAAAGAUCCAUUUAGUCCAGACAAAAAUAAGAAGCCAGUUGUUGUGUCAGAUAUCCUCUUUCAUCAUCUGAGUCUCAACAGAAGUUUAUUUUUAUUUUUACAAUCUUGGUCUGUGUUAUGUGUGUACUUGCCCCCCCCACACACAUACACAUACACACACACACACACACACACACACUGCCUUUACAUACCAGUAUUUCCUUAACAUUCGUACGACCAUAUAUUGUCUACAUGUUACAAGACUUGGAUAUACUGGAGGACUGGACAGCAAUCAGAAAGGUACCUUGCCUUGUAUAUGCAUAGUAUGGUCCUCUGUAGCUCAGUUGGUAGAGCCUGGCGCUUGUAAUGCCAGGAUAGUGUGUUCGAUUCCCGGGACCACCCAUACAUAAAUAAAAACGUAUGCAAGUGUGACUAAGUCGCUUAGGAUAAAAGCGUCUGCUAAAUGUCAUUUAUUAUUAUUAUAUUAGUAUGUUUUGGAUUUAUAUGAUGAUUAUGAUCAUAUUCUAACAAUUUUAAUAUAUUAAAGGCUGUUGCUACUUUGGGACCUCACAGAGGUAAGACUGAUGGUAAGACUCAACAUCAAUUUUGAAGUAAAGAAUUGUGCUGUAAUGUUUCAUCACUCUAUUCUGUUACUGUCUGAGAUCCUGUCCCUCGUCCCUUUUUGGUUUUCUGAACCAAACUAUGAAUGAACACCAUACAUAAAUAAACACUAUUUAAUGUUAGUAAGUUGAAAUGAUAUGUUAUAAGAAGUUACUAUACCAAUUUGAAGUGUGUACCUUUGUGACUAAAUCUUUUUUUGUUUCCAUCAAACAUUAAAUUCCAGUCUCCACCAAUAAAAAUGAAAAGUAUCAGCAUAACGCUCGAUCAGAAGAGGGAAAGUUGUAUUAUGACGGAGAAUGGUACUGCCGUGGACAGACGAUAUGCAUCGACAAGAAAGAUGAAGUUCCCACAAGGUGAAGAUACUGGCAUCCUUGGAAAAUAUAUAUUUUUGGAAGCAAAGUAUUUUAUGUCCUUUAUCUAACCAUUUAAUAAUUUCAAUGUUUAAUCUUCUUGUCUUGCCCCCCUCUGUCCAAAGAGCCAUAAUUACCACAAUCAACCACGAUGAGGUUUGGUUCAAACGACUUGACGGCAGCAAAUCCAAGCUGUACAUCUCUCAGCUCCAGAAAGCCAAAUACACUAUCAAACACUCCUAAUUCUCAGGUCAACUUGCACCACUCCCUCUCCAAAGCUGAGGAGUUAUUAAAAGAUCCCCAUGGUGCCAUCUUCUGCCAGUUUUACGUUUUCUAAUGAAUUCUGAAUGGAAUGUUAUCUAUACUUAAAAUACAGUUUUUAUGAAAUACAAUUUUUUUGUUAAUUUGAUGAGAUGGGUGUGGGUCCUCUAAAUAGUAUCGUGUGUGACUGUAGGUGUGAAUAUGACCAUGUUCCAAUGGCAUCUUUAUUGGGCAAGACAAAGACGGAUAUGGAGAAAAUUAGUUUCCAUAUUCUCUUUUUCUACAGGUUUGCCUUAACAGUAGCUCAAAGCAUUCGGAUGAGAAAAUGUACAGUAUAAUGGAAUAACACUGUAAGAUCUAUAGAAAGUUACAUGGGACAUCAGUGUAUAUCAGCCUCUCAUGUAACAUUGCCAAGUAUCCAUUAUCUCUUGCCAUACCCGUCUCUGCCAGUUGUACUUUUUGUAAUUUAUGAUCAAUUCUUUAUGUUAGUGGUAUGGUACUGGUGAUGACUGUCUGUAUAACUUUAACACUUAUGUCUUACAUCUUCCAAUGCAGUAUUCAUUUGUUUCUUGCUGUCUGUCUUAAUGACAUUCCUACAUAGGGUUUUUAAAUUGUAGUAACGUUCCCAGAAUUCCCAGGUUUUCCAGAAAACCCGGUUGAAAGUGUCCCAGAAUCAGAAGAGAAUAAGCAGGAAAUCCGCAAUCCUCCGCCCUAGAUUUCUGGAAAACCAGUGA